AUGGCAGUUAAGAUAGUUGUGCUUCCACGCAAAUAUAUGGCUCAAUGGCCUCCAAUUUGUUGUGUGGACUUUUCGGCUUUGAAAACUUCUUUGGAAGAGUUGAUAUUAGAAGAUUCAUCUCUUCCUUCCAACUUUAUUCAAGAUAUUGGAAUGUUGGCUUCUCUUAAAAAUUUGGAAGUGAAAGUUUGUGACGUCAACGGCAGCCUCAAUUUUCAUGGUCCACUUCAUUUGAAGAAUUUGGAAUCCUUGGUCAUACGGGACACUUCCCUGGAAAACAACUUUCUUCAAAAAAUUGGAGCAAUGCCUUCUCUCAAGAAUCUAGAAUUAUGGGACUGCGGACUCAAUGGCACCUUAUAUUCCCAAGGUUUUUGUGAAUUGACAAAUCUCCAAAACUUGGAUAUUAGAGACAAUAAUUUAUGGGGUAACUUGCCCGAGUGCUUCUCCAAUUUCACAUCGCUUGAAAGUUUGCUUCUUUAUUCCAAUCAAUUUUCUGGAAGUAUAUCUGCCCUUAAGAGUUUAACAUCCCUCCGAACGUUGGAUCUUUCAGACAAUUACUUUGAAAUCCCCAGCUCAUUAGGUCCCUUGUUCAACCUUUCAAAACUCCAUUCCAUCUUUGCAGACAACAAUACCAUAUAUGCUGAAACCGAGAUGCAUUCUUUGGCGCCAACAUUCCAACUGAAUAGGAUCAGCAUAUCUUGUUGUGGAGAUGUUGGAUCAUUUCCUCAAUUCCUUUAUCAUCAACAAGACUUGGUGUCUGUUGAUCUCUCUAACAUCUAUUUGAAAGGGGAAUUUCCAAAUUGGUUGUUGGAGAACAACACAAAUUUAACUACAUUAGUUCUCGUCAACAACUCUUUCCUGGGACCAUUUCAGUUACCUUUCCUUUCACAUACAGGGUUAUCACGUUUGGAUAUCUCCAAAAAUUCCUUCUAUGGCAACAUUCCAAAUGAAAUUGGAGCAAAACUGCCAUCAUUAUGGUUUCUGAACAUGUCAAAAAAUCAUUUUGGCGGUAGCAUUCCAGUUUCAAUCGGAGAUAUGAAAUCUCUACGAACCUUGGACUUGUCUGACAACAAAUUGAGUGGAGGAUUACCGGAGCCCUUGGCAAUAGGCUGCUCCUCAUUAAGUGUUCUUAUAUUGUCAAACAACAUAUUGCAUGGCCAGAUGUUCUCUUCAAAUUUUAACUUGACAAACUUGAGGCAGUUGCAAUUGGAUGGGAAUCUCUUUUCUGGAAGGAUCCCAGAUUGUUUGUCUAAUUGCUCCUCGUUGAUAAAAUUGGAUCUUAGCAAUAACCAACUUUUUGGUGAUAUACCAAGGUGGAUGGGGAAUUUGAGUUUGUACGAAAUUGCCAUGGCAAAAAAUCAUCUUGAAGGUCCAAUCCCCGAGGAGAUUUGCCAGCACAAUCUUGAAGUUCUGGAUCUUUCAGUGAACAAUAUCUCUGGCAAUCUACCGUCUUGCUUCAGCCAAUUACAUUUCAGUCAAAUCCAUUUAUCAAGAAACAAGCUACAAGGGCCACUCAUAAAUGAAUUUCUUAACAGCACUAUGUCUUUCUCGGUUGAGAUUUCUUCUCCUAAUAACAACCACUUUGAAGGUGAGAUUCCGGUUCAGUUAUGCAAGUUGAGCCACUUAAGCUUGAUUGAUCUUUCUAAUAACCAUCUUUCUGGUACAAUUCCUCCUUGCCUGAAGAUUACAACACUAAAUGAUAUAUCCCAAGAUUAUGUCCGUUUUAUCUUUACUGCUGAUAGAAAUAUGUCGAGUUCUAUCCCCAUUGAAGAGCAAAUAGAGUUCACAACAAAAAGCAUAUCCUACUUUUAUAAGGGAAAAGUCCUCACUUACCUUUCUGGAAUUGAUCUCUCUUGCAACAAGUUGAUUGGAAAGAUUACUCACACAUUCAAAAACAUCCAAAAUAUCCAAACAUUGAAUUUGUCUUUCAACAGUUUGACAGGACCAAUCCCGCCAGCGAUUUCUGAACUCAAGCAAAUUGAGAGUCUCGAUCUUUCUCACAACAACUUGAGCGGAAAAAUCCCUUCUCAGCUUGUGGGGUUAAAUUACUUGUCAUUUUUCAGUGUGGCAUACAACAAUUUAUCUGGAAGAACUCCUGAAAGGACUGCACAAUUUGCAACAUUUGAAGAGAGUAGCUACCUGGGAAAUCAUUUUCUUUGUGGCGCACCACUGCCAAACUGCUCAACAGGACCAUCAUCAUCAAUGUCAAAGGCUUCAACCGACAAUGGUUCAAUUGACAUGAAUGUCUUUUAUGUAAGUUUUGUUGUGUCUUACUUUAUGGUGCUACUGAGUAUAGCCUGUGUGCUCUACAUUAAUCCUUAUUGGAGAAGAGCAUGCCAAGACAUGUUCAGUUGUUCACCUUUCCUCUUUGUUAAUGACUCUUUACUUAAUCUAUUGGUUUACAUCAUAUAUCCAAGACAUCAAUUUUUUGCAUUAGCCACCACCAUAAGGGCAAACCUACAUCAUACAGGAUAUGUUUUGAUCGAGAAACAUUACAGCCCAACACCAAAUAACAGCCUGACUGAUGGCUGCAACCCCAGUUGA